AUGAAACAGAAAUUGUUUCAGUGUGAUUUGUUGUAUCAUUUUUUCCUUCCACUUCACAUUGAAGGAUGCUACUGCGGAGAAUUCUUCUCUGGUGUCAAUUGUGAGAUCUCACUUUGCCUGAAUGGUGGAACCAGUACCGAUGGAGGAUGCAUUUGUGAUAUUGGAUACAGUGGAGACCACUGUCAACACAUCUCCUGCCUACAACUCUCGGAUGACAACUUUGAGGAGGCUCAAAGUGCCCUCGCUUUUGUUGUUCGUGCUUCCAGCUCUAUGAAAGCACAACUCAAUGAGAUCGCUGAGGCCGCUGACCGAAUUGUGAAAUAUUAUGAAGUUCAUUACCCAAUUUUCUUCCAGAAGUUCGUGUUGACUGUUGUUUCGAAUAAUGGUGUGACAUUUUCUCACGAUUACGACUCUGGAAAAAACUUUGUGGGAUCCAUUCGUAACUUGACAGCACCUGCAACUGAAACAGAGUGUGAUGAUGCCUUGUUGGCUGGUGUUUCUGCUACAAUUGAUAACAAUGCAUUCAAAAAAUACCCGAACUCCCCAGUGUUUGUCUUCUCCGAUGGAACUUCCAACGAUGAUUUCACAACAGUUGGCUACUUGAUGGAACAGAUCGUGAACACCCGCACUCAAAUUUUCUUUAUGAUCACUGACUCUGCUAGUGGCAGUUGCAAUGUUGAUGUCAGCACUAAUACAUUUGACCAACUCCGCUCUAUCUCCCGUCUAUCUGGUGGUCUCCUCAUCCAAACCACUCUUCUUCAACUGUCUGAUGCAACAUUUUCUGUUGCUCAAGACAUUUGGCAAUACGAUUCAAUCUUGACAAAUGAUUUGGAAGACUGCAGAAAAGCUCCACAGUUUCAACCAUUCUUUGUGGAUCAGUCAAUUGAUUACUUGACUUUGAGAGCUACAGGAUACAAUCUCUCCCCAAUUCUGACCCUCCCUAAUAACACUCAACUCUCUCCACAACUGUUCUACUCAAAUGGAGAUUUCUAUGUGUGGAGAACUGCAAAACCACCAGUUGGAGCGUACUUCCUCAAUAUCAACACAAACAGUACUCACAACUCCAUCUGCCAAUAUCGUUUGAUGGGAAGAUCCACCUAUAGACUAUACACCUCAAUUACUGAUAAUAUAGGAACUGAUGACACCUAUCACGCUCCAGUUUUUCAAACCACUUCUCAUUUGGUAGCAAGAAUGGACGGUCUUUAUCUUGAUGACCCAUUGGAUACUACUAUUGAAGCAAUUGUCUGGUAUAACGAUCCUCAAACCAGCCAACGUCAAAUCCUCUACGCAUCUUCUGGAACAUAUAGAGAUCAGUGCCAAUAUGAAAUGUACUUUGGAAUGUUCUCUUGCCCACAACCUUAUUUGCCACUUUACAUUAAUGUCUACACCAAUGACGGAUACGGUCAAGUUGUAUUGAGAACUGCCACUUCUUAUUGUUCUGCCACUAUUCCAAAUCCAGUGGAUAGUAAUUGUCUGAAUGGAGGAGUCUACUAUAAUAAUACAUGUCAAUGCCCUACGCACUUUACUGGGGACAAAUGUCAACAGAUUCUAUGUGAGAACGGUGGAAACACUCUCUUCGGUGCCUGUCAAUGCCCAUCAGGUUUCUCCGGCCAAUUCUGCGAAGUGACAAAGUGCUACGAGUACAACGGAUAUGGGUUCUGGGGAUUCAACCACAGAAGUUUGACAGUUAUGAUUCAUGAUUCUCUCACUACUCGAUCCACUCUCCGUACUUUGAAUGACGCUGCACCAAGAGUUAUUAAUGAUAUCUUGUACCAACAUCCUAAAUGGAUUUCCAACUACCAGCUUGUCGAAUUCAACGCCACUGGCCACACCCUCUUAGUUGAUAGUGAAAGUGGUCAGGAUUUGGUAACUGGAAUCUCAAGUCUCUAUGAUCAAAACAGAAAUCAUACUUCAUACUCUUGCCUUGGACUCAACUUCUACUCAACUCUUUUAGACACUAUUUCUCACGACAAUGUUCAAUGGGGAGGAAUCGUGUACGUCUUCCUCUACGGUCAACCUGUACAGGACUUGGAUUCCUACGAGAAAAUAUUGCAACGGAUCGAGAUUAACAAGAUCCAAAUAAACAUUGUGCAGUCUAGUUUGAACCCAUGUGGACAAGACAUUGCUUUGGAUGGACUCAUCUCACUUACCCAGUUCUCUGGUGGAGCUUUCAUCACUGCAACCACUCCGAAUGCUGGAAAUGUGUUCAAUCAGCUUCCAACUCACUACAUGUCAAGUUUGAUUUAUGAAAAUACUGCAUUGGACUGCACAGAUACUACUUUCUAUGUACCCAUCGAUGUUGGAACGCAAACAUUCACUGCCUAUGUGCAAGGAUACCUCAACGCAGACCCAGUGUACACUUCUCCUACUGACUCCCUUUCAACUGUCACAAAUGUCUUCAACGACCUCGGUACUAAUGCCAGAAUCGAUCAUAUUGUCAGAGUUUGUGAUGAUGGAUGGACUGUCGAUGGAAGUCACUGCUUCAAAUUCUCAUUCGAAGAAAAAUCUUGGUUUGCUGCUCUGGCAGAUUGUCAUAGUGAGCAAGCAGUUUUGACUGGAGUCUUUAAUCAAGCGGAGCAAGACGGCCUCAAUUAUGGCACCGAUGGAGCACAAUUCUGGAUUGGUUUGAAUGACGUGCUGGGGGGACAAUGGGAGUGGGAUACUUUGGAUGAUAAGUUGAACCUAACUCUUCAAGACACCCAGUAUACAAACUGGGAAACUGGACAGCCAUCAGCAGAUCCCACUAAAAAAUGUGUCGUAGAUUCUAACAAAGGAGCCAAAAAUCCAAGUUCCAGAGGGUGGUUCACAGAGGACUGCACCAAGCAAUACUACUAUGUCUGCCAGAAACAUGCUUAUAGCGCUGACUACACUGCAUCGGAUCCGGAAAUUAAUCAUCUUGCCCGUGGAAUCUGGAAAUUGAGAGUUCAAGCCAAAGGUGCUUGCAGCAUAUCCGUGAGAUCCCAGUCGACCGUCCAAGUGGCAACUAGAUUCACCACAAAUAUCCAUGACGAUGUUGGCAAGGAGGAGCCAAAUAGGUUUGCAGACUCCAACCGUCUUGUCGUCUACACUUAUGGUGUCAAAAACCCAAGUGGUGCUGAGUAUGCACACUUUUACUAUGAUAACUUCACAAUGCUCGAGGCUCAAACCUUGAGCUACCGUGAUAACUGCAUGUACAACUUCAUCUCCACACCAUUCAAAUGCCCCAACUUCUACUUCCAAAUGCUUAUAACAGGAAUCGACGAUGCUGGAUACCUCUAUCAAAGAGUUGUACCAGCCGCUUGUAUUGGUGGAGUGAAUGAAGACUCAUGCACAAACGGAGGAGUGUACUACAAAGGAAAAUGCCUCUGCACACCAAAUUUCUACGGAGACGCUUGUGAAUAUGCUUACUGUCAAAAUGGAGGGUAUCUGUCAGCUACACUGGAUCAGUGCUCUUGCCCAUCUAACUAUGGAGGCCAGUUCUGCCAAACUCCAAUCUGUGACAGAAACCAACUCAAUGUGCCUGCUAUCGGAGAUGUUCAACGUACAUUUAUUGUGAUUUUGGAUGGAACCAAUAAUGAUGCGAUGAAAACUGUCAAUGACAACUUUGAGAAGACUUUGAAUGGUGUUUUGAACUCAAUUCAGACACAAGACCCAUCUUGGUUCACCACUUUCGUUGGAGUCGUGUUCCGUGAUGCUGAAUCCGUCAAAGCCAAUCCAUCAGUCCCCUCAACAUCUCAAGUUUUUACUUCCAAAAACUCUGCCGAGUUCGCUUCAAUGCUAGCGACUGAAGUUAAGAACAACCCAUACACCGCCCAACAACAAAAACGUGACGUCUUCACCGGAAUCGUAAAAGCUAUAAUAAACUCAAAUGUUGUUCCAAACUCUAAAGUAUUCGUUAUCACUGCCGGAAAUGCUGAGGAUACCAUCGACCGUCAAACAGUCAUCUCUGCACUAGCACUUUCUCAUUCUUCCGUCAACUUCUUGUUUAUUGGAGACACUAAACCACCAGGAGAUGCUAAUACAUAUGAUGAUCCAACUGUCACUUCUAUGUUCGAAGCUGCCCACAUCACUGGCGGUGCUUCUUAUCAAUUGACUUCUCCAGAUGAUCUUCAGACUACUUGGUUAUCAAUUCUUGCCAGUCUGCAUCAGUCGUAUUAUGUCGUUACUCAUCAAUUAAGCAACUGCUCCUCCUACCAAGACUACAUUCAACUUGAUGCUAAUGGAACAGAGGCAAUUGUCGAUAUUUUUGCACAACAAGCGCCUCAAAUUGCAGUUCUUGAUACCGACAACAAGCCAGUCGAGUCGUUCUCUAUUGUCCAGUCUAAAACCAACACAGUGAGAGCAUUCAAGCAAAAUGGAGAACAACCAGGAGUAUGGACAAUUGAUGUGGAUUAUGGAAUGACUAAUAGUGGACCGUGCACACUCAAUAUCCGCUCCCAAUCAAAACUCGAAGUCGACCUCGGAUUCACUCAGGAUGUUGCUUCAGAUGGUGGUUAUCAUGACGGUGGAGCAGUUUUGUUCCCAAGAGGAGGAGAUUUUGUGAAUGCUGUUGUCGCUGACAUUUCAACAGGAGGAACACUGACCUACGCUCAGAUCUUCGAUUUGGCGGAGACUCGAAUCGCUUGGGCUAGUCCGAUGAUCAAGAGGGAUGGAUGUGCAUACCCGUUCGUGUCGGAGUAUACCUUCCAAUGCUAUCGGAAUCAGUUUGUGGUGGCACUUGAUGGAUUCGACUUUGAGGGACAUCCAUUCAGAAGAACUUUCACAAUUCAUUGUGAUGGAGAUAUACGUCCACCACCAACCGAACCAUCCUUCUCAACCACUCCAGAAGUUACAACUCCUGCUGGACCCACACCCAAAGCAUGUGAUGCCACAACAGCUACUGUAGAUAUUAUUGUGGCGUUUGAUUCUUCUGACACUAUCACAGAGGAUAUGUAUUAUGCGACAAUCGGAGCACUCAAAUCAAUUGGUAACGCGAUCAACAUUGGACAGGACAGAUCACGAAUUAUAAUGGGAACUUACGAUGCUACUUCUCAUUUAAAUGGGGAUCUGAACACAAUUGAUAGCUUCGACAAAUAUCAAGAAGAAAUCGCCGAUCUGUUCAGCUUGGGAUACACCGGAAUCAAUGGAAACAACAUCCAAUCAGUCUUCGACUAUAUUGUGGCCGAGAACAACACUGCCCCACUGCGUCCUGCGCCAGCCCGAAAACUGCUUGUUCUGCUAAGUUCCCAAGGAUGGGACAAAGGAAACGUGUCAGAUGGAAAGGAAAACGGAUACCCAGAUCCAACAGCCUCUGCAAAGGCAUUGCAACAAAUUGGUCUCGAAACCUUUGCCAUCGCUGUCGGACCCACCGCCAACCUGUCUCAACUUACUGCGAUUGCCAAGUGCACAAGUCAAGUAACUACCCCAACUGCUUUAGACAAAACCGUCGCCCAAAUAAUUUCAUCGCUUUGUGGAACAACCCCAGUUUGUUAA